CAACAGUUUUCUUAUCAGAGGCUGUGGCCGUAUACAGUGUUGAAAAUUGAAUUUUUUUGAAAAUUCGCCCAAUUAAAUCUAUAGAUACGGUUAUGAAAACUUGAAUUCACGUUCUUGUCUAAUGUUCUAAUUGAAAACGCGCUGAAAAUGGUUUGCCAGUGGAGAAUUUUCACCUUUUUAGCAAUAUGCCUCGCUGUGGCUCACAGCUCGAGGGUACUUGAAUUGAGUGACCGAUUUCUGGACGUUCGAAAUGAGGGCCAAUGGUUUGUGAUGUUCUACGCACCGUGGUGUGCUCACUGCAAAAAACUGGAGCCAACAUGGGGUCACGUAGCUCAGGCGCUCUACAAUACCAACAUUCGGGUAGGGCGCGUCGAUUGUACCCGUUUCACAGCUGUGGCACAGGCCUUCCGGGUCAAUGCAUAUCCUACUAUUAUUUUCAUAAGAGGUCCGUACGAUUACGUGUACAAUGGCGACCGCACGAAGGAAGAGCUUAUACACUUCAUCAACAGAAUGUCCGGUCCGCCGGUACAACAGGUCACACGAGCGGAUAGUAUAGAUAUACUCAAAUCGAACAAUCCCAUCUUUUUCACUUAUGUGGGCAAACAGGACGGAAUUUUGUGGGACGUGUUUUACAGCGCAUCGGAAGCUUAUCAACCACAUGGUUACUUCUACGCAACGUCUGUAGAGAUUGCCAAAAGACAUUUCGAUAUCGAUACGGUUCCUGCUGUGUUGGUUUACAAAGAACGGAAUCAUUACUACUUCCCCUACUCGGAUAAUUUUGAUAUAAUCGAGCCGACCCAUCUUAAUGAGUCACUCUUCAAAUGGGUUAACGAGGAGCGGUUUCCUACCUUCCCGAAGAUUACCCGAAGCAACAUUCAUCAAAUAAUACAAACCAAGAAAUACCUCGUGCUUGCCGUUGUCGAAGAGAAUAAGCUUAACGAGAUAGUGGCCCAUGAGCAGGAGUUUCGGGAUAUGGUGGAGAUUUUUGUACACAAAAAUAGGCAAAAAUAUCAUAGUCGGUUCCAAUUUGGCUGGGUGGGAACGCCUGAUUUGGCCCACUCGAUCGCCAUGGAUACUUUGGCUACACCUCAUCUCAUAGUUCUGAAUGCAAGCACCAAUGAGCAUCAUAUUCCGGAGGAUGACCCGCUGCAGUUAACGUCGGAAGCAAUCGAGCUGUUCCUUGAUAGCAUUCACAACGAAACAGCUCCGGCUUUCGGCGGAAACUCUUUACCUGUUCGUAUCUAUCGUGCUUGGUUCGAGGCGAAGACUUCCCUGCAUGAUAUGUGGUUGGGAAAUCCGGUAUUGACCUCAGUGCUGUUCGGUCUUCCACUGGGCUUCCUUUCUCUUAUUCUCUAUUCGAUUUGCUGCGCGGAUAUUCUCGAUGCCGACGAGGAGGAGGAACAACCGAAGCAUGAGAAGAAAGAGUAAGACUCCGGGGUCUCACAGGGUAACGCUAAACUCUAUCCUUUUCAAUGUGUCAAUCAUUCCAACAAAUUAUGUUUCGUACUGCAUUCAGUAUUUAGAUGUAAAAGCAGAAAGUUGGAUAUUAGCGAAUCUUUUCUAGUCAUUUUUAACGAAUCAAGAAUGUCAUAUUUUGCUGUAAGUGUGGUGAAAUGUUUAUUUUAGAUUAAUAAAAGUAAUGAACCAUG